AUGUCCACACCCCCCGAAUUUCCGCCAUCGUUUGUCCGGCCAUGGAAGGAAUUACUCUUAUCGCGACAAAGGGAACAGCUUGGCGAUCUUCCCAACCACCAUGUUCGCGAUCCUGAAUGUUUAAUCACAACUAGCUCACCGCAGACGCUCUACGUUGGUACCGGCUACUCAAUAUUCACGCGCGGCAUAAUUCCAGCCAUUCUCAACGCGAAAUCCUCAGUGCAUUUCGUUACCUGUUACUGGGCGGCCUCUCCAUCCCUCGACGCCAUCAAGGAAGCGCUUCUUGACUUGGCCGCCUCGCGCAGAGGUCACGGCACAGCGCGGUCUCCGCUAAAGGUUACCAUCGGAUUCUCAUCAUGGGGGCUAUUUCAGAAAUUAUUUCAUACAUCAUCUAGAGAUGGACAGCUCUAUCCGCCAUCGCAAUGGGGUAAACUUGGUCUGCCGGAUCAGAGGACACUUGCCAGUGGGGGCAUUCAGCUCACUGUCAAAAGUCUAUUCUUCACUCCCUUUAGUGUCAUGCACCCCAAGUAUGUCAUUAUUGAUGGAUGUAGGGCGUUUGUACCGAGCUGCAACGUCAGCUGGGAGAGGUGGUUUGAGGGUUGUGUUGAGUUGGAAGGCGAUGUCGUUCAGACCCUAAUGGCAUUCCAUCAAAGAGUCUGGGGCAUUGCUCCGGAUCCGAGUACUGCGAUUGACGAUGGGCGUGGACCGAGAGGAAGCCCCUUGGCACAAGACGGCGAUACGCAGACGGUGGACACAGCGAACAGCGAGACGGGAUUUCUACCUGAGGACGACGCCUCUGCGAUUAAGUCCCUGAAAUUGACUGGGAACGACAAUAUACCAACCAUACUUUUACCUUCCUCGCAUCAUAGAAACCCAAGAUUCAGCUUUUUUCCUUUUCUUUCUCACUCAGAUCCGCCCAUGACGCCGUUAAAUGCUGCACUGCUUACACUCAUCGCGAAUGCUAGACGUCAAAUUACAAUCUUGACGCCGAAUGUCACAUCGUGGCCUGUUUUGAACUCGUUGUUGGAGGCACUUGGCCGCGGGGUUGAUGUUCAGAUCCGAACUAAUCAAGGCAUGAUGCUCAUUGAACAGCUAGUCACAGCGGGGACUACUACGUCAAUAUGCUUGAAGAAAUUUGUCAAGCGAUACAACCAACUCAGAGCUAAUAGCCAGCCUUCUGAUAUUGAAGCCCCGCCGGUAUCGCUGGGUAGACUAGAGAUUCUGUACUACAAGCCAGUGGCUCGCAGAAGGGGACGAGAGGAUGAGCCAGUGGUGAGUCAUUUCAAGAUGACAAAGGUUGAUAAUGAGUACCUCGUUCUGGGAUCAGGGAAUAUGGAUAGAGCAAGUUGGUGGACGAGCCAGGAACUGGGGUUCCUCUUCUAUGUUCCCGGCCUUGACUGGCACAAACUAUGGGAUGGGAUCCUCGAAAGGAGGAUGGAAGUGUUUUACCGAUCCUGA